AUGAUCUUAUAUGACAAGAUACGACAAGUGGGAAAUUUAUCGUCUCCUACUGGAGAUGGUUUGACACAUAGUUAUCGAAUUUUCCCAUCCUUGUUUGAGAAUAUUUCACAACCAGGAGCUACAACUGGACAAGAGUUGACACAACCAGUCAAAAACAUUUCAGUGUUAACUGGAAAGGCGUUAGCACAUAAUGAUGGAAUUUUCUCGAAGGAUUUUGAUGAACUGCACAGUGACAUGCUAGAUGUUGCACGAAGCAAUUGUUCAAAGGCAAUCAGAGAAGGCGACUUACCUCAUAGUGAUCGGAUCACCCCCACACGACUUGAGAAAAUGUUUAGACCUAGCAGUGAAUUUUCAUGGUCUAUGGACGAGGUGUUGAUGCUCGGCGAUAGAAUUUACCCGAUGCAAUUUAAUCAAAUGUCAAAACCGGCCUACAAUUUUUCCUUUUCAAUCAAAGAUACUAAAAUGCUUGGUGGUCGAUACUACCCUCUGAAGAUCAACAUACGAAAAGAAGUCCAGUGUCUUUCAGACACCAGUCUCGGAGGCCCAAUGCCAAAGUAACAAGAAGAUCAAUACAGAUGACGUAGCUAACUCUUGAUAACAAAU